AUCUCUCCUUCUGAUUUACUCUUCCCUUUUUUUUUUUUUGAUCAUCGAUCAUUACUUGAUCACCAAACCAGAAAAAGGAAAAAAAAAAAACAAAGUCUACAUACCGUUACACGUAGAUUGGGCCCAUCAUGUCGGACAGCAGUAAAACUAUCCUUUAUGUUGGUGGACUGGAUGAAAGUGUGACUCAGUCUAUUCUUCAUGCGGCGUUUAUUCCAUUUGGUGAACUUGUGUCUGUGGAACUGGCAUUAGAUCCUGGGUCUCAAGCACAACAUAAAGGGUUUGGAUUUGUCGAGUUUGAAGAACCUGAAGAUGCCAAGGCGGCUUUGGACAAUAUGCAUCUUUCUGAAUUAUAUGGUAAAGUGAUCAAGGUCAGUUCGGCCAAACCCUCACGUAUGAUGGCAGGUGCCAACAAGGCGAUCUGGGCAGAUGAUGCUUAUUUAAAAGAACAUACAACACCUAAUGAACAACUGGAUACCAUACAACAACAAGAAGAAGAAGUAGAAGAAAAAGAACAACAAAAAGAACAACAAAAUAUCAAAACUGGACGUUGCAAAGUAUUUUUGGAUAUUCAAAUAGGUGGUUCAUUUGCAGGACGUAUAGAAAUCGAUCUACGAGGUGAUGUGGUACCUAAAACAGCCAACAAUUUCCGAGCAUUAUGUACUGGUGAAAAGGGAUUUGGUUACAAGAAAAGUACAUUCCAUCGUGUGAUUCCUCAAUUUAUGUGUCAAGGUGGUGACAUGACCAAAGGUGACGGUACGGGUGGUAAAUCUAUUUAUGGUGGCAAGUUUGCCGAUGAAAACUUUACUUUGAAACAUACAGGGCCAGGGAUCUUAUCUAUGGCCAAUGCUGGACCUAAUACAAAUGGUAGUCAAUUCUUUAUCUGUACUGAAAAAACUUCUUGGUUGGAUGGAAAACAUGUUGUAUUUGGUCAAGUCACUUCUGGUAUGGAUGUUGUACGACAAAUGGAAGCUUGUGGUUCUGCCAAUGGAAAACCAUCAAAAAAGGUGACAAUUGUUGAUUGUGGUGAACUAUAGUAUAGUAUAAUUAGGAUAUAUAUAUGAAAUAAACUUUUUUUGAUUCUGCGGAUUCUUUUUUUUUUUUUUUUGAUGGUUG